CUCUCGCUGCACACACACGCCCCAACCUUUUCUUCCCCAAAUGCAUCACAUACUAGCAGCCUGAUGGCAAGAAGAGAGCGCGAAAAAACAAUAGCCACAUGUGCGAGUAAUUUGUUCGCAUUCGCACGCGCCAAAAACAAAACCGAAACCUCCCCGGGGGGUUAGUCUUUUGCAUCUCAUUACCUUCUCUCUGAAGAGCGGAGGUAACAGUCAUCGCAGUUGGAUUUAAAAGUUCAUUGGAUUUUAUGCUACCCGUGCGACUGACACCUCUUCUUGUGCCCACGACCGAAUGAAGUGCCUUUCGACUGCGCCGGAUGGCUUGUCGUACGUUGUGUGGCUGUCCGCUGCCGAGGUGUUUCGUGCAACAACAGCGUGGAUAAUUUCUGCCUUAAUUGAGACCUUCCGACGGAUUGGCACGCCGGGACGGUAGUUUAUUCGUGUUACGUCAAGCAAGCCUCUAGGGGGACGGAGUGACGAUGUGCGACUCCAGGUUUCCCCUCCGAGCUCCCGAAGAGCAACUGCAUCAUUCCCCAAAGAAUGUGUGCGCCUCUACAAACCUUGGAACGUACGAAUCGCGCGCGCCGACGCGUUGUUAGUAGGCUGUGCCAUGGUAACGAGCGCAUGGGAAAACUGUUCUCUGUUGUCAUAGUGAACCCGUUCCUGUCAGCCAGGAAAAACACACACUCCUCGGACACAAUCAAAAUACAUCGGUUCAAUUUCCAAGUGUUUGUGUGGUGAAGUUAAAGUCAAACGAAGGAUUAUCGUCAUGUCUACCUCGUCCGCAACUCGCACACCGGAUAAGAAGAAGAAACCGCUGCCAUACUUUAUGCAAAAGUCGGAAGAUGCGGCACUGCCCUCGUUCCAGAACCGACGCACCCUGGCGGACCACGUCAAGGACAAUAUGCUGUGUGCCGGGAGGAAGCGUUACUUCCAGCGCAUCGUGUACGUUGGCCGCCAUCCGAAGGUGACCGGGAUGACACUGCGCGAUCGGUUUCUGAAGCUGAUCAAAGACAUGCAGGAAAGUACGACGAACGAGAUUAAGCUGUUUGGGUUGAUGAUCAACUUCGACGGUUACACGGUGCACAUGAUCGAGAGUGCUGAGGAGACGGUCGGUGAGUACAUGCAUACGCUGGCCGCCAGUGACCUGUUCGAGGAGAGCCGUGUCGUGCUGGUGUACAACAACAUCAAUCAGCGGUUCUUCCGCAAGCUGGUGUGGCGCGCCUCGGACUAUCUGAACGAGCUGCCACGCACCGAACUGGACCAGCGGGAUCCGAACCUGACGCAAAACACGAUCGACGCAUUUCUGGUGAAGGUGUACAAGCUGUGCAAGAUGGUUCGGGAAGAGGAGCUGGACGAACGAUCCGCCUUCAAAUCGCUCUAUCUGGACGAAAACUACGAGGAGCAUACACCGGACAUCGCAAUACUGGAGUAUCUGCUGGGCCUCAAGUGUCUUUUCACCGUGCCGGAGUAUGCAGCGUUCUACGGCAAGCUGCCGGACGUGACCAGCUUCCGGGACCGUGUUUGGCCCAUCCCCAAAGACCUGACGCCGUACGAUGUGUUCGAAACGGGCAAAUACGAUGUGAACCUCACGUUUGGUGGGAAAUAAUCGCAAAAAUAAAACAAGUUAUGCUCUUCGCAGCCAAGGGAAACCAAUAUCCGUUUUAGCAGUGGCGGUUUUCGAUACGAAUGCAUUUUUAUUGCAUCAUUUCAUGCGGGGAGGCCGAUAACGCGAAGCACUACCGAUCGAUCACCGGGAGCUUUCUAUGCUUGUGAGCCCGCCGCACUGGAAAGCCGAUUCAAAUGAGGUGGAAAGUUGUGAUGAUCGUUUUAUGCAGUAGCCGGGUCCGUAUCGGUGUAACCUUUCACCACCGUUUGGACGUGGUUGCAACAGGAAUCGCUUGCAGUAUAAUCGAUUAACAUGAUUGGAUAGAUAAAUCUCGUUACGAGGUGUACAU